AUGCAUGACGAUUACAAAGUAACUCGUAGAGUCGGAAAAGCGUUGACCCUUCCAACAGCCCCAGCAUACUCAUUCGGUGGCCGACACGAGCGGUCUCCCGGUGAUCCUGGACCAGGGCCUGGCCAAUAUGGCACAGGAUGGAGUAUCAGCGACAAAGGCACGGGGUUUGGAACGUCAGCUCGUGGAGACUGGUCGAUCAACCAUACGCCAGCCGGGGCGGCGUACUCGCCACAAAUAGGCGGACAAAAGCCGGCGUAUUCAUUUGGAGGCAAGGCUCGAAAAGAUCACCCCACAGCCUCCCCAGGCCCUGGCGCCUACGAGCCAAGUCCCUCGGCCAAGUUGGUGAAGCCCAGUCCCUCCGCCUUCACCAUGGGGCCCAAGACGGCGGCCGAGCGGGGCUCGGACAGGUCACCGGGGCCCGCGGAGUACAGUCCCCGGUUCGCGCCCCGCGACGCGCACGUGGCCAGCCUUAAGUUCCGCAAGGGGCCCCUCCCCCCCGGGGAGCCUACACCCGGGCCGGGAGAGUACGACACGCCGCGACGACCUCGCCCCAACUCCGAGGGCAAGAGUUUCGGAGCGAGCCGGUCCCAGGCCAUUCGGGACAACGGUGUUCCCGGCCCCGGCGAGUACGGCGCUCCGUCAAUCGCGCAACACCGCCCCCGCCGAGCCUCCUGGACCAUCGGCCGAGCCUCCCGAGACGCCGGCCUCCGCUCCUCCACUAACCCCGGCCCUGGAACGUACGACAUCACGGAGCCGCUCAUCCCCCGUGACGGCGGCCACAGCACCGCUUCAGACCAUCGCUCCGCGCCGUCGUACUCCUUCGGAGGCCGGCAGCCGUGGGCCGCACCCGAGGCCUCCCCCGGGCCCUCGGACUACGGGUACCCGAAGGACCCGGGCCGCGUGGCAAAACCCGUGUACACGCUCCACGGCUCGGCGCCCAAAGACCACCAAGAGGACGUUCCCGGGCCGGGGGCGUAUCAGGGUACCAGGGCGGAUAGCUUGGUGCGGACCAGUGCGCCGGUGCUGUCGAUGGGCCUACGGAUGUACGAGCCGGGCAGCAAGGAUCUUAAGCCGGGUCCAGGGGCGUACGACCCGCGGGACCGCGAUGGGCGGAUUGCUGUCAGUCUCAAAUUCCGAAAUGAGAUCCAUCCGGACCACGAGAGCAACCCCGCCCCCCACGACUACGCGGACAAGGACUUCAAGGACUUUGGGCAGUACUACGGGGCACCCUCGUCGCACAGGGGCUUCACCAUGCGGCCGCGAUACAGGGAGGGCCGGGGGGAUCGGGUGCCCGGGCCGCAGUACGCAGUUGGAUGCAGUACAUUGGGCGUGGCAGCGGUGCCUGCCCUAGAAAAGUCCAAGCUGGCAAUGUCGGUGGUGCUCUGA